UCACUACUAGUCUGCCUACGGGAAAGUCACAGAGCUAGAACAGUUUUCCGGAAGGUUGGUGGCUUUGUAUACGUGAUGAGUGUUCUGGUCUCGAUGGAAGGCUGCCUGAUGAGUGGCACACCUCAGCCGCCGUGGGACUCCAUUUCACUCUCGCAGAUUCUCGGUCUACUGCACACUGUAUUCAACACCAUCACUGUAGCCAUGCGCUUUGAGCCUGGCAACGCCAGGUUUUUCCACCAAGAGAUUUGUUCUACGAGCUUGUGUGACACUUUGCGACUUUUGGGUUGCUUUUCUCCAUUGACUAAAUUGGAGGAAAAUGAAGAGGUGGUCACGUCUGCUAGAGAAGAAAACACAUUCCAUAAUCUAUUCACUGGAAAUGUUCUGGAACCUAGUCUACCAGAACAUAUUCCAACGGAACUGUCAUAUGCGUGCCUAGUCCUGAGAAUGUUGUACGAUGUGGCACUAGAUUCUUACGACAAACCAAACUCAUCGACUGUUGUGUCCUUCAAGUCCCCAUCACAUAAACGAAACAUGGAGACACAGAAGUCGCUGGAGUCCCCAUGCUCAGGUCGGAGAGUCAACACUCUGAAUCUGACUCCGCCAGUGCCAGACCCCAUAGUGGUUCAUCCGGGAGUGGUCAUAGCGAUAUUGCAUCUACUGCCUUCAAUACAGCACUCCUCGCAAACGCAACUGACACUAACGCUGCAGCUGUACGCGGCUGAGGUGGUAAAAUCGCUGGUCCGUUGUGAACGCAACCAGCAGCUGAUGUGCGAGGUGGGUUUGCCCGGGCAGCUGCUGGCCGUCGGCGAGGUGCCGCUCGAAGAUGAGACGCAUCCGUUGCAUCCGCCACUGCAGUAUAUGCUGGAGAGGCUGGCCACACAGUCACUCGAACCCAAGGAUCUCAGAGAGUUUCUGCGUCUGGGAUCGCCACUCUGCUGCCAGGCGAUGGACUCGAUCCUGCACCACCCGAGCAGACGCCCCGGUGGCUCUGUGCCUCUCACGCGGGUCAAGACGCUCGUCUCCAUGACGACGCCGCGAUCCCAGACCAACAUACCCCUGCCACCGUUCGUCGAGAUGGACAUGUCUGCUGAAGGAUUUGGCUGCAUGUAUCUGCCGAGCGUGGCGCCGCAGUCUGUUGUCUUUGACACGCUGACUGCACCCGAUCUGGGAGUUGUUGGAGGCAUGGGCUCAGGUGAUCGGAUAUUCCCGCCACAAACCGGUUUGAGUUUUUCGUCGUGGAUCUGCGUUGAACGGUUCAGCGAUCCGCGCACCGAUCCGCACUGCGUGAGGCUGCUGACUCUGGUCCGCAAUCUGCACUCGGCCAAGGACGACCAUCUCAUCUGCCUGGCAGUUGUGCUCUCGGCUAGAGACAAGGCCGUCAUUGUCACCACUCAGGAAACUCCGCUGUCGCAUACCGGAGCAGACUGGGAGCCUGACGUUCAAGGAUCGAGCGUGUCCUGUGCCAGGAUCUGGUGUCCUGAUCUGCUGCAGGAAGGUACCUGGCAUCAUCUAGUCCUAGUUCUAAAUAGAGCAGUGCUCAAGAACUCAUCCUUCUCUCUCUACAUGGAUGGACAGCAUGUUCAUAGUCAAAAACUGCAUUACAUAUCACAGAACCCUGGAGGAGGGGCUGCCAACUUGACCGUAGCUUCCUCGGUGUACGGCUUCAUUGGAACGCCGCCGAUUUGGAGACGCAACUCCCGGCUGAUUUGGAAGCAAGGUCCUUGUCAUCUGCUAGAAGAGGUUCUCAGUCCGCACAUAGUCACAACUAUUUAUCAGCUGGGCCCCAACUACAUUGGAAGUCUUCAGGCUCCACAACUCAACUUUAUGGAAGUGCUGCCCCCACUUGUCACAGAGGAGAAAGUUGUGUUUGGACUGAAUGCAAAAGCUGUAACACAAGUCACACUUUCCAAAAUUCGCAAAAUUUACUCACGUGCUGACAACAAAUCGAUAGCCAAACAGUUUUCAGGUCUUCAUUUCCACGUCGUAGGCGAGGGAGUAGUUAGAUUGCGUAGUCAAAGACAAGAACGAGUCUACGAUAGAGAAAAUUACAUUGAUUUCCGAUUGAGGCUAUUAGGAGAACCAGGCCAAGGUCCAGUUCUGUUGUCGCCUGGAAUCCAUAGCUUUCCAUUCAAACUUGGACUACCGCUGGGUCUACCUUCCACUUUUCUGGGCAAACAUGGCUGGGUCCAAUACUUCUGCAAGGCGGCGCUCAGAGAGCCAAACGGAUUGACUCACAAAAACCAACAAGUCUUUAUUGUCAUGAAUCCAAUUGAUCUCAAUCUGGAGCCCACAAUACUUGCUCAACCAUUCCGUUGUGAAAUCGAGCACAAACUUGGAGUGAGCUGCGUUAACUCUGGACCAGUGGUGUGUCGAGUGUCAUUGGACAGAGGCGGUUAUGUGCCGGGUGAAACCAUAGGAAUCACAGCUGUUGUCAGUAAUCAGAGCAAAGUCACCAUCAAAGCCACGAAAGCUGCACUUACCGAAACUAUUCAAUACAAAGCGAGAGGCAAGGUUUUGCAGUCAGAGACAAGAGAGCUGGCGUCUCUGAGUAGAGGCAAAAUACGACCUGGAGAGACAGACGAGUGGACCAAUGAACAGCUCUACGUUCCCCCACUUCCACCCACCAACCUAAGAGGAUGCCAUUUGAUUAAGAUACAAUAUGAUGUAUAUUUCAUCAUUGAUCCAAAAAGCUUCGAAAAGGAAGUCAAACUUCAAUUACCCAUAAUGAUGGCGACUUAUCCGUUGAGGGGAACUGAAGGCACACUGCGACGAAAACAAGGAACUCAUUAUCCAUCCACCCUACCCAUUUUUCGACCAUGGCUAGAGGAGAAAACUUUCCAAUGAAACUCACCGCCAAUCACUGAAAAGCUCUAGAAAAUCCAUAUUCUUAAUUAUUCUAUUAGUACUGAACCAUAACUGAAUCUUAAAACAUGCAAUGAUCAAGUGGCUCAUUUCUAUAAGAAAUGAGAUUGAAACUGAUGAAUUCAUGUUUUGAAUUAUAUUUGUACUGAAGCAUUUUGAAAUCCUGAAUAGACAAUCCAUAUUCUGAAUUCUAUUAGUACUGAAGCAUUUUAAAACCUUCAAUGUUCAAGAGGCUCAUUUCAAUAAGAAAUGAGAUUCAAACUGAUGAAUCCAUGUUUAGAAUUAUAUUUGUACCUACUGAAGCAUUUUGAAAUCUUCAAUGAUCAAUGUCUAAUUUCAAUAAGAAAUUAUAUUGGAACUAUUGAGUCUCAAUUCAUAAGUGCCUUGUAUAUUGUAAAAUGAUUGUGACUGUAUUCCUAAUAAUUUAUACAAUUUUCUCAUUUUUGUAAAAAAAUAUUACAAAUAAUUUCCAGUAAAACUCUCCUCUCCAAUACUGUAAACGAAACGUUUUUGACAAUCUAUAUCCUGAAUUAUUCUAUUAGUGCUGAAGCAUUUUGAAAUCUUCAAUGAUAAAAUGUCCGAUUUCAAUAAGAGAUGAGAUUCUACAUGAUGAGUCCUAAUAUUCAUAAGUGCCUUGUAUAGCUUAUCUUUUAAUGUGACUUCCUGUGACUGUAUUAAUUUCUAAUAAUUUAUAAAAUUUUCUAAUUUUAUGAAACAGACGCCGUAUUACAAAUCACUCUUCUUCUUUGGACGAGUUUACUAUAAAUUUUAUCCCUUGAUUGAACAGAGGCUCAAUAGAUUAUGGAUUUAGACUGACAAUAAUUAAUUAUAAACUAGGCCUUUUAAUUUGUACAACUUCUUCAUCAAAUAUUGAAAUUAUCGAUAUUGAUAUUAUUAUUAGCAUUAUCAAUUAUUGUUCAGUUUAGUAUUCACAUUGCAUCUUGUAUUUGUAUUAUUUAUUUCUUCUGUGUGGGAAAAAAUUUAAUUUGGAUUUGAUUUCAUAGUUUUGAUACUUUUUCAGACGAGAUAUUUGGAUUUGAUUUCAUAUUAGCUCUGAUACUGUUUCAGAGGAGAUAAUUAUAGUUUUAUACUUAUCAAGAAUAAGAACACAAGAAUAUUGUCUGAUAUUAAGAAAUUGACAUUGAAAAAAAUAUAGACAUGUUUCAACACUUAUGUUAGGUACAAUAUCUCCAGUUAUAAUAAAAGUAAGUUAUAAUCUUAAGUUAUAAAAUUAAAUCAUCCUUUUCUGUGAUCUUUUUGAAAUCGACUUUCCAAUUUUGACAGUAUUUUGUUUGUUUAAAAAUAGUAGUCAUGUAACAUUUAAAGAAACAAAAUACUGUCAAAAUUGAAAACUUUAUUUCAAAAAGAUCACAGAAAAGGAUGAUUUAAUUUUGAUUAUAACUAAAGAUAUUGUAACAUUGGUGUCGAAACACGCCUAUAUUUUUUUGUUACAGUAUUUUUAACCAACCGAUUUCUGUAAAAAAGCAACGGUACAUUCCAGUUUAUUACAUUGUUUCUAUAGAACCAUUUAAAAAUAGCAUUAAUAUUUCUAUUUCAUCCCAAUCAUAAAUAGUUUAUGUUGGGAAUAUAACUUCACACUCUUCUAUAGUUGAAUAUUUAUUUAUUCAUCAUUUUAGUGAUCAGUAAUCGAAUCACAGUUAAAUUUAGUGAUGAACUUACUAAAAGCUUGCCGCAUGUAUUAGUUGUAACUUAUUAUCAUUGUUGUAUAUAGUGUCUAGGAAAUUUAACCUAGGUUUUAUGUUUAAUUUAGAUGAUAUUUGAGUUUGUUAUGACGUGAAUAGAACAUUUAAAAUCGA